ACGAAGCGCCACGCAGCUCCGGCACCGUGCUCUCUUCAUCCUCGACGACGACGUAUCGCGAAACACUUCAACAAAGAAGAAGAACCACCAACAGCAACACUUCAAGAACAAUGGCUUCGUUCGCAUCGACGGCAUCCGCUGCGACAGCCGUUCCGAGCUGCGGCGCCGGGGCACGGCGCGGCGGCCGGUGCGUGGCCCGCGCGUCCGCGUUGGCGAUGGCGCCGGCGCUGGGGACGCACUACGAGGUGCUCGGGCUCGGGGUCGGGGCGAGCAGGGGAGAGAUCAAGGCGGCGUACCGGCGCCUGGCCAGGGAGGUGCACCCGGACGCCGGCGGCUGCGGCGGCGACGAGGGCUUCAUCCAGCUGCACGCCGCGUACGCCACUCUCGCGGACCCCGACGAGCGCGCGCGGUACGACCGCUCGGUGGCGCGGCCAGCGGCCCGCAGGGCGGCGCCGUCGGGGUUCCGGCCGCGGAGGUGGGAGACGGACCAGUGCUGGUAGGGACACAGCUGCGCCUGCCCGUCGCGCCGCGUCUUACGCUGCCACCUCCGCCGCUCAAUCGUGGCCAGCGGUGAAUCGCCGGCCGGCCGGCCGGAGCGCGCCCUGCCGCACCGGACGGCCCAUCAUGUUGGGGAGGGAAGGGAAAGGCCACGUGGCCCACUUCGACAACGGAUAGCGACUACUGUUCUCCGCGAGCCAUAGGGGCCCACCAGCAAACGGAUCGCGAUUACUACUAUCCGCGACCAGCCCCCGGCCCACGAGUUGGAUCGUGGACGCCACCGCCGGCGUGCGCCGCGACGGCGGAGGUCGCUGACCAUGGCGGAGGCGGAGGAUGGACCGAGGGAGCAGGGGACGCCUCUCUCUUCGUACCUUGUCCACAGUUGCACGAAGAGAGGCAUUUUUAACAUCUCUUGUGUACUUAACUUAAUCACCUUGUAAAUACUGGUAAUCUGUGUGAAUAUAAAGUCUCGUCUUGGAAGGUAAAUUAUCCAAGAAACGGUAAUUUCCAA